AUGGACAUCGACGCCACACGCCGCAACAAGAAGCCGCGUCCUCUGAGUGAGUCUGAGCGCGAGCGUUUGGACGAGUUCAUCGAGAGCAUCCACUACUCUUCAAGAUACUCCGAUGAUCACUUCGAGUACAGACACGUGCAGCUGCCCAAGCAGAUGCUGAAGGCGAUACCAAAGGAAUACUUUGACGGUUCGCGAGGCACUCUCAAGCUGCUAUGGGAGGACGAGUGGAGAGCAUUGGGCAUUACCCAGAGUCUUGGAUGGGAGCACUACGAGGUCCAUGAGCCUGAACCGCACAUUCUGCUCUUCAAGCGCCCCAUCAACUACCAACCCCCAGUGCACUAG